AUGUACUUCAAUGUUAAGAGCUGCGUGGCGACUGCGUUGGCUCUCUUGGCCUUUACUACCCAAGCCCAACAAUACCAGGGAACGAAUCCUGUCCCCCCACUUGUUGCUUGCUCCGGACAAGGUGCUGGAAACUGCAAUCUCGGUUUCGUAGGGUUUAACUACGACGGUGGAACGACAUGGAAUUGGGUCACGAUUUAUGACAACGCCUGCAACCCAAUCGGUGGCGCGUAUGGCAACGUCGACAAUGAUGACAAUCCAUGGGGACUGGACUCAGAGCUUCCAUACGUGACGGUUUUGUACCAAGUAGGGUGGCCGAACGAUGAUUACUUCGCUUUCGCAUAUGCUGAUUACUCCUUCGGAGGAGAGUUUGCUUGCGGCUUCCAGGAUGCAUACGGGGAUGACUUCAAUGUAUGCCAGCAUGCAUUCCCGUGCUAG